UUGUCACGACUUAAAGGUUAUCUAAUUCCCAGGAACACACCAGAGUUCAGAUUCUCCGAUAUGGAAGGUCACAAAAAGAGUAUUCAGAGGUUCACGUUUUGAAAGCCAUUAGAAGAUAUUCUGCCAUCCUGUUGGAUUACUUUGUUUACAGCACAGAAUGUCAUUCUGCUCUGGAUUUUAUAUGGUGGUUAUGAUUUAAUUCCCACUCUGUAUAUUUCUAUGUAUUGGUGGAGCAUUGGAGCUCUUUAGGGCUGCUGUUACUGGAGUGGAAACUGAUCCAUUUUGAAUCCCUUCUCAAAAGGACUAGACAUUAUUAUUAGCAAUGAGCUCCCAAAACCAUCCAGAUGGACUUUCUGCCCGAGACCAGCCAGUGGAGCUGCUGAAUCCACCUAGAGUGAACCACAUGCCUAGUUCUGUUGAUGUGACUGCAACACUGCCCUUGCAAGUUGCACCAACUUCAGUUCCUAUGGACCUCCGUUUGGACCAUCAGUUUUCCAUGCCAGUGACAGAGCCUACACUCCGUGAACAGCAGCUUCAGCAAGAGCUCCUGGCUCUCAAACAAAAACAACAAAUCCAGAGACAAAUCCUCAUUGCUGAGUUCCAGAGGCAGCAUGAACAGCUCUCUCGGCAGCAUGAGGCCCAGCUACACGAGCACAUAAAACAACAGCAGGAGAUGCUAGCAAUGAAACAUCAGCAAGAACUCUUGGAGCACCAGAGGAAGUUGGAACAACACCGACAGGAGCAGGAGCUAGAGAAGCAGCAUAGAGAACAGAAACUACAGCAGCUCAAAAAUAAAGAGAAAGGAAAAGAAAGUGCAGUGGCAAGCACAGAAGUAAAAAUGAAAUUACAAGAGUUUGUCUUAAAUAAAAAGAAGGCUUUGGCACACCGGAAUCUCAACCAUUGCAUUUCCAGUGAUCCCCGCUUCUGGUAUGGGAAAACACAGCAUAGUUCUCUUGACCAGAGUUCCCCUCCCCAAAGUGGAGUAUCAGGCACCUAUAACCACCCUGUACUGGGGAUGUAUGAUUCCAAAGACGACUUUCCACUCAGAAAAACAGCUUCUGAACCCAAUCUGAAGUUACGAUCCAGGCUAAAGCAAAAAGUUGCUGAAAGACGGAGCAGCCCAUUGUUACGGAGAAAAGAUGGCCCAGUGGUUACUGCUCUUAAGAAGCGUCCAUUGGAUGUCACAGGUAUGUCUGACUCUGCAUGCAACAGCGCUCCUGGAUCUGGUCCCAGUUCUCCAAACAACAGCUCCAAUAACAUAAGUGCUGAGAAUGGAAUUACAGGAUCAGUCACGAGUAUUCAGGCAGAGACCAGCUUGGCUCACAGACUAGUGAAUCGCGAAGGUUCAGUAACACAGCUUCCUCUCUACACAUCUCCUUCCUUGCCCAACAUAACAUUAGGACUGCCUGCAACUGGCCCUUCCAGCGGGGGAUCAGGACAGCAGGAUGCUGAGAGACUUGCUAUUCCAACCUUACAACAGAGGAUCUCUUUAUUUCCUGGCACCCACCUUACUCCUUAUUUGAGCACUACAACGUUGGAAAGGGAUGGGGGAACUGCACACAACCCUCUCCUGCAACACAUGGUCUUACUGGAACAACCAACUGCACAAACGCCCUUAGUCACAGACUGGUAUCUUUCAGGACUGGGGGCACUGCCCCUCCAUGCAGUGGUCAGUGGAGAUCGGGUCUCCCCCUCAAUUCACAAGCUCCGGCAGCACCGCCCGCUGGGGCGCACGCAGUCUGCUCCCCUGCCCCAGAACGCCCAAGCCCUCCAGCAGUUAGUGAUCCAGCAGCAGCAUCAGCAGUUUCUGGAGAAACACAAACAGCAGUUCCAGCAACAGCAACUGCACAUUAACAAGAUGAUACCAAAACCUACCGAGCCAACCCGCCAGCAUGAAAGCCACCCUGAGGAGACAGAAGAAGAAUUACGAGAACACCAAGCACUUUUGGAGGAGCCAUACAGUGACAGAGUUUCGAGUCAAAAGGAGGUGCAAGGGUUGGCCAAUAUGGUACAGGUGAAACAAGAACCCAUUGAGAGUGAUGAAGAGGAAACAGAGCCACAACAGGAGCUAGAGCCUGGCCAGAGGCAAGCUGAACAGGAGCUGCUGUUCCGCCAGCAAGCCCUUUUACUGGAGCAGCAACGCAUUCACCAGCUGAGAAACUAUCAAGCAUCAAUGGAGGCAGCUGGCAUCCCAGUGUCUUUUGGAGGGCACCGGCCUCUGUCCCGGGCACAGUCCUCACCUGCUUCUGCCACCUUUCCCAUGUCUGUACAGGAGCCACCCACUAAGCCAAGGUUCACAACAGGCCUUGUAUAUGACACCUUGAUGCUGAAACACCAGUGUACCUGUGGAAACACUAACAGCCACCCAGAACAUGCAGGGAGAAUCCAGAGCAUCUGGUCCCGCCUUCAGGAGACAGGCCUCCGUGGCAAAUGUGAGUGUAUUCGUGGAAGAAAAGCAACUCUAGAAGAGCUACAGACAGUUCACUCAGAGGCCCAUACACUGCUGUACGGAACAAACCCUCUGAACAGGCAGAAACUGGACAGCAAGAAACUUCUAGGUUCUCUAACAUCAAUGUUUGUCAGGCUCCCUUGUGGUGGUGUUGGAGUUGACAGUGACACAAUUUGGAAUGAGGUUCAUUCAUCCGGUGCUGCUCGCUUGGCUGUGGGUUGUGUCAUUGAACUUGUUUUUAAAGUGGCCACAGGAGAAUUAAAGAAUGGAUUUGCUGUAGUUCGACCUCCAGGUCACCAUGCAGAAGAAAGUACACCCAUGGGGUUUUGCUAUUUUAAUUCUGUGGCAAUUGCAGCCAAGCUUCUCCAACAGAGACUGAAUGUUAGCAAAAUCCUUAUAGUGGACUGGGAUGUACACCAUGGAAACGGUACUCAGCAAGCUUUCUACAAUGACCCUAAUGUUCUUUACAUUUCACUACAUCGCUAUGAUGAUGGGAACUUCUUCCCAGGCAGUGGUGCUCCUGAUGAGGUCGGCACAGGACCAGGUGUUGGUUUCAAUGUUAAUAUGGCCUUUACUGGGGGCCUUGAUCCACCAAUGGGAGAUACAGAAUACUUGACUGCUUUCAGAACGGUGGUGAUGCCAAUUGCCAAUGAAUUUGCCCCAGAUGUUGUGCUGGUAUCAUCUGGUUUUGAUGCCGUGGAAGGUCAUCCUACACCUCUUGGAGGAUAUAAUCUAUCAGCAAAAUGCUUUGGGUACCUGACGAAGCAGCUGAUGGGAUUGGCCGGAGGUCGAAUCGUUCUGGCCCUUGAAGGGGGUCAUGACCUGACAGCCAUUUGUGAUGCAUCUGAAGCAUGUGUUUCUGCUUUGCUGGGAAACGAGCUUGAUCCUCUUCCAGAAAGGGUUUUCCAGCAGCGAGCAAAUGCCAAUGCCGUGCAGUCCAUGGAAAAAGUUAUUGAGAUACACAGCAAGUAUUGGCAUUCACUCCAGCGUUAUGCCUCCACGGUAGGGUACUCCUUGAUUGAGGCACAGAAGUGUGAGAAUGAAGAAGCAGAAACUGUAACAGCCAUGGCAUCCUUGUCAGUAGGUGUGAAGCCAGCUGAAAAGAGACCAGAUGAUGAACCCAUGGAAGAGGAGCCUCCCCUGUAGCAUUCAUUCUGAGCUGGAGUUCUCCUGUUUGUUCGUCCUUGUCUUGAAGCUCUGCCAAGAAGUUUUCUCUUGUUACUCCUGCGUCCUGUCAUGGUUUUCUUCCAGAAUGCAAAAGGACAACCAGGUGUAAAACAAAGCAACAGAAGAGUCUCUCCAUGUUAUAUAUACACGUAUGCAGUAUAUACUUGCAGAAAAGGAAAAACGCUGGUGAAGAGCAGCAAUGUUAUGGACAAACACACGUGCCAGGCACUCUCCUCUGUUCCUCAAUGGAAGCUGAAAGGGGAAUGAAGCCUGUGAAGUCUCUGGCAGAGUUGCCAAUUUUUUUUCUAAAAACAAAAAUCAAAGAUUCAACAAUACACGGACACACACACACACGGACACACACACACGGACACACACACAAAUCUUCAUUUUAAAACUGGUGCUUACAAUUUGAUUAUCCACAACUCAGCAAUCUCUGUUUGAACCACUCGACCCAUCUUGUAGUUGUGUUUCUUGGAUUUUUUUUAAUGGCUCUUGCCUGACUGCGAAUGAAAGACAUUCUCAUUAGAACCAGAACAGUGUGAGAUGGUGUAUUUUUAACAAGGACAGAGUGGGAACCAGAAUUAGCCUUUAUAGAUAUCUAUAUAUGCACAUAUAGAUAUAUAUAAAGACAAAAUUAGAAAGAAAAAAAGAAGGGGAAAUGGUAGCCCAGAAGGAGUUCGGCUUUAGUAUCUCCAAAGCCAUCUGAAGAUGAGUUUGUGCCUUUUUUUCAAUUAAUCUGAUGGAUUUGGGGCGGCUGGAUUUUCUGAAGUUUGAGGAACAAUGCCUUAAGAAAAAACAGCAACAGUUCACAAAUAGAUUUCCUCUGGCUGGGAAAGCUAAGAACUGCCAUCAGGAAGGAAGACUUUUUCACUUGUGCUGGCAUGAUUAUGGAAUGCAGGCAUUACCUGAAUAGAGUGUCUCCAAAACUGUCUACAAGCUUGGAUUUUUUUUUGUUUUUGCUUUAUUGUUGUUAAAAAAA